UGCAUAUUACUGUAAUAAUAAUAUGUAUAAAUGAUAAAUUGCAGUUACACCUUUUGUCAAUAGAUUUGCACGACGAUAACAUCAACAACAACGGCAAUUGCGCGCUAGCAAAUAAAAGUUAUAUAUUUUACUACUAUAUCCACGUGCGUGUGUGUGUAAUAGAGCGUUUGCGUGUUUCUUUUGUUUAAUUUAUAAAAACGCGCAAAUCCAAAACCGCAUUAAACGACAUUCAAAGUUACCAACAGUGCUGCAAACGUUGUCAGUAAGAUGGCUCCGGCUUUAAGCAAAUUAGCGCAAAAUCAAAGUGCCAUCGUCGGCGUCGCGGGCAUGACGGCGGCACUUUGGAUAAUUGCCUAUGGCAAAUUGUCCAACAAGAAAAGAAAACCAGGCUAUGAGGACAAAAUCCAAUACACAAUUGCCGAGAAAAAGGACAAAAAGGCGAGCAAGGCGCAUGUCAACUCGUUAUUCUUCAAACAAUUGCGAAAGCUAUUGCCCAUUCUAAUACCCAGCUUUUGGAGCGUUGAGACGGGCCUUCUGCUGCUUAUAGCUGGUGCACUCAUCGGACGUUCCGUCAGCGAUAUUUGGAUGAUACAGAAUGCCACUGUUGUUGAAAGCACCAUUAUACAUAUGAACAAGUCCAAGUUUAAGACAGCCUUGCUUAAAUAUUUGGCGGCUCUUCCAGCGAUUUCAGUGGUCACGAAUAUCUUGAAAUGGAGUCUGGGCGAGCUGAAGCUACGUUUUCGCACAAAUCUAACCCACCAUCUGUACAGUCAAUACCUGAAUGGUUACACAUAUUACAAAAUGUCCAAUCUGGAUAACAGAAUAGCCAACGCUGAUCAACUGCUGACCACGGACAUUGACAAAUUUUGCGAAAGCGCCACAGAUCUGUAUUCCAAUAUUAGUAAGCCUGUACUAGAUAUUUUCAUUUAUGUCUAUCGCCUGACGGUCAAUCUGGGCGGCAAAACACCUUCCAUACUGAUGCUCUACUUGCUGUUUGCGGGCGUCUUUUUGACUCGACUACGUCGACCCACAGGCCGUCUGACGGUUGAGGAGCAGAAGCUGGAGGGCGAAUUCCGCUACGUGAAUAGUCGCCUCAUCACCAACUCCGAGGAGGUUGCCUUCUAUCAGGGCAAUGUUCGCGAAAAAAUGACGCUGUUGGCCAGCUACUCCAAGCUCCGUUCACAUUUGCGCAAGUUCCUUGAGUUCCGCGUCAGCAUGGGUAUCAUUGACAAUAUCAUCGGCAAAUAUUUUGCUUCCAUUGUGGGCUUCUACGCCGUGUCUAUUCCCUUCUUCGCCGAAAACCAUCCGCUGUUGUCUGGCGAGCACAGCGGUCAGCGUCUGCAGGCCUACUACACCUACGGUCGGAUGCUGGUCAAGCUGGCCGAGGCGAUCGGUCGUUUGGUGCUGGCCGGACGCGAAAUGUCGCGCCUCGCUGGCUUCACGGCUCGUAUGACGGAGCUCAUCAAGGUGCUGAGUGAUCUCAAUAAGGGCACCUACGAGCGCACCAUGGUAAAUGGUAAUAGCAUAACGUUAAACGGCAGUGCGGGAGGCGAUGGGGUGAAUAAUUUUGGACCAAACAAGGGUAUCAUGUGUUUCACUGACAACAUCAUCAAGUUUGAGCAAGUUCCCUUGGUCACGCCCAAUGGCGAUGUGCUGCUCAAUGAACUUACCUUUGAAGUGAAAUCGGGCAUGAAUGUUUUGGUCUGUGGGCCCAAUGGUUGUGGCAAAUCCUCAUUGUUCCGUAUACUGGGCGAGUUGUGGCCCACGUGGGGUGGCAAGGUGACGAAGCCGUCGCGCGGCAAGCUCUUCUACAUACCCCAACGUCCGUACAUGACGCUGGGCACCUUGCGCGACCAGAUUAUCUAUCCCCAUACACGCGAUGACAUGCGUCGCCUGGGAAAAUCCGAUGAGGAUCUCAUGCACUAUCUAGACAUUGUGCAACUUACCUAUUUGGAGCAGCGCGAGAAUGGUCUAGAUGCCAUUGAGGAUUGGAUCGACGUUUUGUCCGGCGGCGAGAAACAACGCAUUGCCAUGGCCCGUCUCUUCUACCACAGUCCGCAGUUCGCCAUUCUAGAUGAGUGCACGAGCGCAGUGUCCGUGGAUGUGGAGGGCAAGAUGUAUAGCUAUUGCCGUGAGGCUGGCAUUACGCUUUUCACAGUCUCGCAUCGCAAAUCGUUGUGGGUGCACCACGACUACUAUUUGCAAUUUGAUGGACGUGGCAGCUACGAGUUCGGUCCAAUCGAUCAGGAGAAGGAGCAUUUCGGCUCCUAAAAAAAGGUGAAGGCGUUCUGAGCGCUCCCUUUCCAGUGCAGUAGUUGUUCUUGCAGGGCAAUCAGUCAGAGCUUUUUGCAAUCAUUUCAAUCAUGCCACGCCCCCUCAACUCCUUUUUCUACAGCGCAUUGCUAGAUCUGGAGGCCUGCUCUAAGCGUUUACGAUCAAUACAAAUAUACACACCUAUAUACUUCUAUAUGUACAUAUGUAUAUAUAUAUAUAUAUAUAUAUAUAUAUAUAUAUAUGCAUAUAUGUACAUAUUUAUAUAUUGUAUGUAGUUCUGGUUGCUAUUUGUUGUGAACAUUUGGUGCUGGCAACUAUUCUUAUCCCUGCAGCUUUCAAUUCAGCUUUUUAGUUUCGUUCUUAUCUUUUCCGCAGUGCACUGUACAUAUAUAAUUACAAAUUGAUACACUUACAUAUAUAUGUACGUGUAUAUAGAUAUGGCCUUUUGCUUUCCCCGACAAGUGUGGCAUAUUAUUUGUUGCAUAAUUUGUGAUUUGUUUUUUGAUUACAUACCAACCUACAUACUUCCUUCAACAAGCUGUUCCUCUGCUUUAAUUUUGUUAGUCCUCCCCCUUAAUAGCUUAGGCAAAGAGUUGAGCAGAAGUUGGUGUUAGAUAUUUAAGCGUAAAGUAAAAUGCAUAAAAUAUAAAUGAUAAAUGAGUAUAUAGCGAACUUUUAGUAAAUUUAUACGAUCAUAUAUACAUACAUACCCGUAUGUAUGUAUGCACGAACUAUAUGUAAAUCAUAAAAUGAAAAGCACACAAAAAUUAUACAUCAAACAACACACACACACAC